AUGGGUCAUCUACGGGCGAUCAAUGAUCGCAGACGCCUCGGCGCCACCAGAAGCGUCGUAGGACGCACUACGACGCUUCCAGUGUCGGCCGAGGUGUCACUUCUGAUGUCGCGAGAAGCGUACCACGAUGCUUCCGGUGGCACUGGAAGCAUUGCGCGACACCCCCGCCGCCGUCGGAAGUGUCGUCGGCAUUUAGACCCCUCCUAUAGACUAUCACCAAUUGGUAACCAUUAUCAGAAUGAAAUGUUGACAUUUUUUCCUCAUUGUUUUUUUCAGAGAGUAAAUCAGUGUCUACAGGAUGCCUGUACUUUGUCUCAGCUUCAAAAUUGUAGAACUUUGAUAGAUUGUGGUGAAUUUGAUGAAGGACGUGUUGAUGGAAUGUGGGUUAAUGAUUCCAAUUCUAUUUCUUGCUUUGACACUGAUAAGGGAAACUUUAGUUAUGGGAUCUACCAGCAAGCUGUUUUGCUAACCACUCAACAUAGUGCUGUACAAAGAUAUAUUUAUGCUCUAUUUUGGGGUUUUCAGCAAAUAAGUACCUUAGCGGGUAAUCUAGUUCCAAGUUAUUUUGUGUGGGAAGUUUUGUUCACUAUGGCGAUCAUUGGAGCGGGGCUGCUUCUUUUUGCCUUGCUUAUUGGGAAUAUGCAAAAUUUUCUCCAGUCUCUUGGUAGAAGGAGACUAGAAAUGCAACUUCGACGACGUGAUGUUGAACGAUGGAUGAGCCAUCGGCGAUUACCUGAAGCAUUAAGAAGGAAAGUAAGACAAGCUGAACGAUUUACAUGGGCAGCUACUCGGGGCAUUAACGAAGAAGAGUUACUAGAAAAUCUGCCAGAGGACAUACAAAGAGAGAUACAUCGCCAUUUCUUUGGGUUCCUCAACAAAGUUCGCAUUUUCACCCUAAUGGAUGAACCAAUGUUAGACGCCAUGUACGAGAAGUUAAAGCACAAGGUGUUCAUUAGAGGAAGUAACAUCUUUUAUAAGGGAGGGCCAUUUGAAAAGAUGGUUUUCAUAGUCCGUGGUAAAUUGGAAAGUAUUGGAGCAGAUGAAAACAUAGCUCCCUUAGCAGAGGGUGAUGUAUGUGGCGAGGAGCUCCUUACCUGGUAUCUUGAGCACAGUUCAGUAAAUCGAGAGGGAGGGAAAAUUCGAUUCCCAGGAUCGCGAUUGUUGUCAACUAGAACUGUUAGAUGUCUAACUAAUGUUGAAGCUUUUGCACUCCAUGCUGGCGAUCUAGAAGAAGUCACUACAUUGUUCUCCCGGUUCUUGAGGAACCCACGCGUACAAGGAGCUAUCAGGUAUGAAUCACCGUACUGGAGAAACAUGGCUGCGACGCGGAUUCAAGUGGCUUGGAGAUACCGGCAGAAGCGUUUGAAGCGUGCUAGCAUCACAAACAAUUUGUCUGCUAAUCAUACAGCUCGACGCUAAACAUGGAUCUCCUUCAGCUGCAAAUGCUAUACCUGUCAUUUAUGCCCAUAAUUAUACAAGGCUUUUUGAAGCAUGGUCCUCUACAUCCACAAUUUCCCUCAGGAUUUCAAUCGAUAAGGAUUCAAGGUAGCAUGAAAAUUUUGAUGAAUCUCUCUGAUAUGAUGUCUGCCAUUGUUUAUGUGAAUACGGUUGAUGUUAGACUAGUAUUUUGUUGUAUUAUCUGCCUCAUGGUCGAUGUAUUCAUGUGCAUCGCAUGUGCCUCAAUUAGGUUUAAACUUCAGACUGUUAUUGGGCUAUAAUUGUCAAGAAACCGAGAUCUUUCAGUGGAGAAAAUGUUGGUGCAACGGAGACCGGCAAGAGGGGGUGAAUUACUGUAAACAAAAGUAAACUAUACACUCCUCGGAUUUCAACUCAGAAUUUAAAUCAGCAAUAAAAUAACAACUAAAUUAAGGAGACA